AUGAUGUUCCCUUCUGUGGCGAUUGUACUUGCUUGCGUCUCUGCCGUAACCGCCACAAUCCUCGAAAACGGCCGCCCAAGAGUGACUGACUUCCCCAACACUGAGGUGGAUCUGGCUGCUGGCGACUACACGACGUACGAUGCCGACGCCACAGAGAUAUCUUAUAAGGGGCGUUGGGACUCCAAGAAGAUAUCUUGGUGGGCAGCCCCGGGCAUCAAAUUCGGGUUCACCGGCCAGAACGUCGCGGUCACGUUCGGCAAUCAAACCAUUAGCAGCACUCUGGUUGCCUACAGAAUCGCCGGGCUGGACUGGAUGCACACCAAUGUCACGGCUGGCGCGACUCACCUGUUUGUGAGUCCCGAGACUCCGGGCAUCGAGCUUACCGGCCCCGUCAGCCCCGUGACUUUCGAGAUGAGAGUGACAAACUGGGCGUAUGGCGUCCAGAUCGACAAAGUCCAUGUUGCCUCGGGAGAACAGCUCAUCAAGAUUCCCGACUACCCUCGCCGGGUAGAGUUUAUCGGCGAUAGCCUUUCAGCAGGCAUGUACGCCACUUACGAGGCAAUGGCAGGUUUCGCUUACGGCGUCGGCGCGGGCCUGGGAAACACUGAAUAUUCCAUCACGGCUUACCCGGGCAUUUGUGUUGCUGAUCAAGAUUGUUGGGGCAAUCCCAGGGGACAGUCUCACCAGUGGUUCUACACGUCUGACACGGGCGGACGAGCGGCUGAAGUAUGGGGAGCCGACCUUGCUGUCAUCAACCUGGGUACCAACGAUGCCAGCGCAGCGAACAACGUCAGCAAAGCUACUUACGUUGAACACUACAAGCGUCUGAUUCAGGGCAUUCACGGAAAGUGGCCUGAUGCUCAAGUCAUUGUCAUGCAAAUGUGGCAAGGUUUCUUCCAAAACGGCAACACGUACGACCAGAACACCGAUCUCAGGGACGAAGUCUACAGCGUUUACGAGUACUUCAACUCGGAAGAGUAUCUUAGCAGCCCGACAACGUGGGACGCAGUCACCAACACGACCAAGAAGGCGUGUAAGCCGGCCAAGCCGUUUGUCCACUUCUUCAACACCACGGGUAUUCUGCAGCACAACGACAUUGGAGGACAGUGGCAUCCUACCGACGUUGGGCAAAUCAAAGUCGCGAGUCACCUGAUACAAUACAUAACUCUGAAGCUCGGCUGGCCCUUGUUCGCCACCGGACCCGAGUGA